UGGAAGAGGUGCGACUGACACAGACAUGGGCCAGACAUCAAAUGUCAAGGGUAAUGUUGAUCAAAUCAGUACAUCACCAGCAGUCAAAUCACCCGGAAGCAGAACCAAGGGUUGGGAAUUUCUUGACAACUUAGAUUUUGAAUCUAUUAGUGGGUCAAUUAUUCCAACUAUUUCGAACGUACCUAGGCAUCUACAAGCUUUCUUCAGGGAAUGUUGUGCUAUGUCUCUAGUGAAACUUUCAGAAAACAGCAGUGACCUGUCAGCGUGGAAACUAUUUCUUCUAACACCUAGGUUUCUAUUGCAACCAGUGACUCGUGGUGGCAAAUGUGGCAAGAAAGAACAUGAAAGCCGAUAUAAAAAGUUCAGAGAAUUGAGGUUUGACGAACUUUAUCACUCAUCAGUGCCUCGUCCUGACGAACGUCAAAAUAAGUUUGAAUGCCCUGAUUCUGAUAGUGUUAUUUCAUCUAGCUUGAUCAGAUCAGUCCGGUCAAAAGUGAGAAAUGGAGAAAUUUCCAGAGCAGGCAAUCUCUUAACAAGUUCAGGUUUGGCAACUACAUCCCUUGAGACUUUUCAGCGUCUGCAAGAAAAACAUCCACAACGCAAAAAUCUUAUCUCUGAAGAACUAAAGCACCACAAACCCACCUGCUCUCCAGUCCAAGUAUCUCUUUCUUUGUUCAUUUCAGUUCUCAAAAAUUGUCCGAAUGGAUCUAGUUGCGGUUUCAAUGGCUGGAGAUUUGAACAUCUAAAAUUAUUGUUAGAUUCUGACUACACCACGUCUCAUUUGCAUUCUUUGUGCAAUAGCUAUUUAUCAGGUUCUGUACCAGAUUUUGUGGCCACUACUCUAGCUGGCGCAAAGUUGAUUGCUUUGCAGAAAAACGUGAAUGAUGUCCGACCAAUUGCGGUUGGUGAUUCUUUUCGACGACUGACGGCCAAACUUGCAUGUCAUCAACUCAAGAAGAAGAUUUCGACUUUCCUUGCCCCUCAUCAAUAUGGAGUUUCAACGCCGGGUGGAGCUGAGCUAAUGACACAUCUCAUUCAGGCAUCUCUGGAGGAGCAUCCGGAGUGGAUUGUUAUUAAAACUGAUGCAAAAAAUGCUUUCAAUACUGUUGAUCGGUCUGCCUUUUUGUCUGAAGUUGCUUCAACUUUUCCGGAACUGUAUCCAUUUGUGGCGCAAUGUUAUAUUCCUCCAGCUAAACUCACUGUUCGAGUGGGCUGUAAAACACAAUUUAUACUGUCCGAGGAAGGUGUACAACAAGGCGAUCCUCUAGGACCCCUAUUGUUUGCCCUAGCUCUUCAACCAAUACUGAUCAAUGCAGCUAAAGAUCACGAGUCAGUUCUUACGCCUAGCUAUCUCGAUGACAGCAUGAUUCUAGGGCCAAAAGAGGAAGUGAUCAAUUGUUACAACAAUUUGAAAGUUCAACUAUCUAAAAUUGGAUUAGAAUUGAGAGAGGAUAAAUGUGAAGCUUUCUCACCAAUCGGUAUCCAUGACUGGCCUCUGAACAUUCCUGUACAAAAGAACGGCUUUGUUGUCUUAGGAACUCCUAUUGGAUCCCUGUCUUUUGUUAAAGAUCGGUGCAUGAAGCAAGUCAACACUGCCAAAACCUUCCUAUCAAAACUUCCUUAUAUUGACGAUACACAAUCCGCAAUGCUAAUCCUUCGUUACUGUGGAAUUCCAAAGAUUUCACACUUACUUCGAUGUGUUCCUCCAACGGUUACUGCUGAGGCUACGAGAGAGUUUGACGUAGCAAUCAUAAAUACUUUUGAGGCCAUCAUCGGCUGUAAGCUAUCUGAGCAACAAAGGGUACAACUCUCCUUUCGAUUCAGUCAAGGUGGAUUCGGUUUAUCUCAAAUGAGUGUUACUGCUCCAUGUGCUUUCUUGGGAGCUUGGGCGAGCACUCUACACCAGCUUCCUUUGAGAGUGCCCUCUUUAGCCUCUUUCUGUGAUACAGUCAUUACUCCAGCUAGGAUUUGUGAUGAUAGGGCUCCUUCAGUCUAUUCAAUCGCCGACCACCUGAUCGAUUCACUUCAGGAAAUAAAACUUUUUCACACUGAUAGACAAUCUUUGAUCUCUUCAUUGGCAGACUUGCCUAAUCAACCCUUCAAACUACAAUCCAGAUUGUACUCUCGCCACCUUGACACUCAAUUUCAGACCUUCCUGAAAGGCUGUUCAUCUGAAUAUGAUAAGGCAAGAGUCAUUAGCUGCGGUGGGCCUAUUGCUGGGAGCUGGCUGGACGUUAUACCAAAUACGCAGGAAUUCACUAUGAGUAACAUGGAUUUCCGUGUUGCUUCUUUGUUGCGACUUGGUGCUCCUCUGCCAGAAUUGCAAGCGUUAGACAACUGCAUUCCUCAAUGUAAACAACCUCUUGACAGUAGUGGCUACCACAUACUAACGUGUAAAUGGGGAGGGGGAAUCAUUCGACGCCAUGAUCACAUUGCAGAUUGUUUAUACAAAAUGCUUACCUCUGUUGGAUAUCGAUGCAGAAAGGAGUUGCCAGAUCAAUUCGAUGGAAAACAAAGACCAGAUGUUGCUGUCUAUGACUAUAAAGAUGGAAAAAAACUUCUACUUGACGUUACCAUUGCUCAUCCUGCAGCUAGGAAGUACAUCUCUAAAAGUCAUUCAGUAGCAGGCUUUGCUGCUACAGAGAGAGAAAAGCAAAAGAACACAAAGUAUCUUUCUAAAUCUAGAGAGUUGGGGUAUCUUUUCAAACCGUUUUGCAAUGGAAGUAUUUGGCCGAUGGAGUGA